CUUGCUUCUUCCGGCGGAAGUUUCCAACUCUUCCUUCUCCACCGGUCCUAAACUUUCGCUUUGCUCUCAGACACCUGGAUCAUGGCCACGUUUUUCGGAGAGGUUCUGUCGGUGUAUUCUCGGGCUGUGGAGGAGGAGGACGAGGAGGAGCUCGAUGACAACGAAGAAGACGAACAAAUUCGCAGAGAACUGGAGGAGAAGAGAGCCGUUCAUCUCCACUGGAGCCCCGACGUCACCGAGUCGUUGAGAUCCGGCAACAAGCUGCAGUGCUCCAGCUUCAUCCUGGCCGUGGGUCACAACGCCGCCAGCUUCCUGUCGGCGUACGUGCUCGCCUCUGCGAACUGGGAUGCGGCCGGACGCGCGCUGGCGUGGAACGAGAGGAGCCGGUCUGGGACGGGGCGGAGCGGCGAGGAGUCGGCAUGUGUUUUCUACAGACACAAGGACGAGCCGUCAGUUUUGAUAUGCAACGUGACGUGCCACAUCGCAGAGGACCAGCUGUUUGAGUGGACGGAAAAGGUGUUCGACUGCCUGCAGUCCAGAGAGCUCGCCGUGACGGUGCUGUCAGAUCGCUCUGUGGCUGAUUACAAGACGCCCGACUAUCUGUGCAGCAGCUCUGCUCCCUUCCUGCGCUCUCUUCACUCCAGUGCGUUCGCCGAUCGGCCUGUCUGCCCGUCACUGGAGCAGCCCAACAUCAUUACAGGCCUUCCAGCUGCAGUCCUGAACCACUGCCAGGUCCACCGCAUCGCCGCAGUCGUGUACCAGUGCUACAGCGACGUGGCCGGUCCCGACUCCGUCACAGUGGAGAGCUACAAGCCGGUGCUAAACAAGCUUGGCAGGUCCAUACAGGUGAACUCACCCCCGAGCACAGAUGUCCUCCGCAAGUUUCUCCGAAGUGCAGAAAUUCAGAGUAAUCUUUAUAUCUGAAACAAUCCACUGUUUGAAUCAGUUUAACCAUUUGUGAUGAAAUACACACUUUUAUAAAUAAAGAUAUUGCCUCAACA